AUGGUAUACAACUAUACAGUAGAGGAGAUAUUCCCCAAUAUACUCAGUGCAUCGAGUCAAAAGAGCAAUGAGAGUAUUCGUCGAUUGGCAGUCGUCUUGAAUGCAGUGACCGAUGUCGUCAAGACAAAGAACGCACCCAUUCAACCUGCAUCCUACUUUGCAUUGAUCAUAUCGACACUCCAAGACGGCAACUAUCAACCAUCACAAAAACAAGAUCUACUUAAACUCUUAUCAAUCGUCAUUGAAAGAGUAUCACAACAAUUAAUUAGAAAUAUUAGUGAUACAUUGAUUACAAUGUCAAUGAAAUAUAUGACAGAGGAAUUUGGAAAUGAAGAGAUUAUGAAACCAUGUGUUGUAGUAUUGGGUAGAGCAUUGACACACUCUGAUACACAGUCGUGGCAAACCAGCGAGCAUAUCAAAGCCUAUGCAUUAUUAUUAAAGUGUUCGGUCGAUCAACGUAGCAAGAUUCGUCAAAAGGCUUUGAAAGAGGUUAUCUUGGUUUUGAACUCUUCGGGUGUCUGUGGACCACGUGGAGGAUUGAUCAAGAUCGUUGCACAGGUAUCAACCAACUUUUGUCGUGACAUUUUCUCAAACAUCACCCUCGAGACAAUGGGUGAGGCCUACCAUGCCCUCAACGUGUCUCACGAACUCGUUCCACUUCUCCAACCAUCUUUUGUCUCCCAAUUGAUGGAUUCUAUCAUUAGAUUGACCAGUUUGGGUAACAGCUCAAUCACUCCCCUCUGCUACAAGACUAUUGGCACCCUUUUCUUCCGUACCAAUCAACUUAUUGGAACUCACAUUCAACAACUCAUCGAAGUAUUAUUCCAAUUCUCACCAUCUGGUAUUGAUAUCAGAUCAACUAUUGCUUACACUGAAUUAAUUACUCAAGCUUAUCUUCAUUUUUCAAGAUUGGAUAAACAAUUAUGUAAUCAACAUUUACAAAAUUAUUUUACAACUUUAAUGUCAAAUUUUAGUUCUGAUAAACAAGAUAUUACAAAGGUUACAAUGGAUGGUUUCAAGAAUGUAAUUGUAGAAUGUAUAAAUGAAGAGAUGAUUUCACAAGCAACAGUAUCAUUAAAGAAUCAACAAUUUAAUUCACCAUUGGAAAAGAUUAUUGAAACUUUGAUGGAAGGUUUAAAGUAUACAUACAAACAUUCAUGGGAAUUGAUCUUGCAAGUCAUUUCGUCAAUGUUCCAACAACUUGGAUCACAAGCUCAUCCAUUGCUCGACAAGUUGUUGUUGGGCGUUGAUUCACUCGGCGGUCUCCAACACACUGUGCAACAAGUGAUUGCUAGUGCCUUGGUCGCAAUCGGUGCUCGUAACCUACUCACCCUCUUGCCACUCAAUCUCGACGCUCACCCCGACGACAAGACACGUCCCAACCGUGGCUUCCUCUUGCAGUUGAUGAAGAAACACUUAAAGUUUUCAGAGUUGGCUGCUUUUACCGACUACUUUUUGCCCAUGUCCAAGGUGCUCAAGACCAAGUCCAACGAAUGUCUCGAGGACAAUAGAUUGAUUGAAGCCAAGAACCUCGACAUUCUCUAUAUUCAAGUGUGGCAGUUACUCCCCGGUUUCCUUACAUACCCAGUCGACGGUGACACUGCCUUCAAGUCGAUUGCCAAGACACUUGGUACCACCCUGCAAGACAAUGAGGUCAUUCGUCCCAUCGUCUGUACUGGUCUCACUACCAUGAUCAACACACUCAAGGCUGCUCGUGAUGCUGACCAAGACCCCAUCUACCUGCCAUUGCACCGUCGUCAUGUGACCAUGUCACCCACACGUGCCGCUGCCAUCCUCAAGACGGUCGCAGGGUUUGCCAAAAACUUUUUGCCCAUCAUGUUUAACAUUUAUCCAUCGACCAAGAACGAUAUCCGUCAAUACUUGCAAGCAUGUAUUGAAGCAUACGUGUCCAUUGCCGAUGCAACCACCGUCAACAAUCUAUUUAAUAAUAUCGUCACCAAACUACUCGAAGCUCAAAAAGAGGAAGAGGAGACACGUCGUCUCAAGCCCGAGGAAAAGAUCAAGACCAAGCGUUACUAUCUCACCGAGUUGACUAUGGGUUUCAUCAAGAGAUUUGCCGAACAACAAGAUGUCAUUGACGAGGUGACACCAUCCAACGGUAGUUUGGAGCAAUUGAAUACUUUGUUCAAGGUCAUCAAACCACAAUUCCAAGCACAAGAUCCAGGUAUCCAAAAACGUACCUUUAAGGUAUUGGAUCGUAUCAUGGCUCAUCAUCCAGCAUUCACCAUGGAGAAUUUAGAUAAACUCAAGACCAUCCUUACAUUUAACCUUCAACAAUCUUCACCAAAUCUCAAAAAACUUCGUAUUCGUUGUAUAAAGCAAGCUGUACAAGCCAUCCUAGAGUAUGGUGACACUUCUCAAUCUGAACAACAAUUACAACAAGAUUUUGAAAAUGCUUUCACCCAAGGAAAUCAACAAGGAGAGGAAGGAGCAGAAGAGACAAUGGAAACACGUUCAACUAUUAGUUUUGGAGGUAGAUCAAUGAGAUCAACACGUUCAGGUUUCUCAUCAUUUGGAAGUAGAGGAGGAUCAUCUGCAAUGGCUGUCAGUUGGACCAAAUUACGUCAAAAGUUGAUUCCAUCAUUGGUGCCAGAGAUUAUACUAUGUACAAAGGAAGUCAACAAAAAGUGUAAGGAAAUGUCCAACGACUUGGUCAUUGAAAUGGGCAAGGUCAUGUGUUUGGUAGCUCAACGUUGCAUUCAACUCAAGAAGGGUAUCCCACGUGAACAACAAAUCCAACAAGCUCAAUCAGAGGCAUUGGUCGAGUACAUCCACUUGAUGGCCGCCGGUUUGGCCUCCAUCACCCCCAUGAUGGUGUCUGCAACCAUCGUCGCCAUCUCGCGUGUCGUCCACUCGUUCCGUGACCUCUUACCAUUAGAGACAGUCUCUCAAAUGUUGUCUACACUCUUUGUACUCAUGGACAGUCCACAUCGUGAGGUUGUCAAGUCCGUGAUGGGCUUUACCCGUGUCGUCAUGGCCUGCUUCCGUGAAAACUCUGUCAUUGAGCCACACUUGCAAAUGUUGAUGGAUGGUUUGUCCAAGUCGUCCGAGAGCGACCGUAACUACUUCCGUAUCAUGAUCCAGAUCUUGUUGCAGCGUCUCAUGAAGCGUUUCGACUAUGACCAAUUGCACGCCAUGUCGCAAGAGGGUUUCAAAAAGGUGUUGGUACACAUCCAGCGUAGAAAGAUGCGUGCUGAGAAGCUCAAGGAGAAGCAACAGUCACACGUCGACGACGCCAUGGCCGACGACGACGACACACGUUCCGUCAAGAGUAGCAAGACUGCCAAGACAAGCAAGACUAGCAAGACUGGUGCCGGCAGAGACGACGACAGCGACGGCGAGAUUGUCGACAAUGAGUUGUCUGAAGACGAGUCGGACGACGACAUUGAAGAGUUCUUGUUCAACGUCAAGAAGGCCGCCAAGAGAGACACUGGCGACAACUGGAUCGUCGGUGAAGGUGAUGAACCAAUCGAUUACUUGGACAGAAGCGCUAUGAACAACAUUGCCUCGAACGAGUCGGGCAAGGUCCGUAUCCGCAAACCAAAUUCAGUGGCUGAAAAGACACCCAUCAGCAAGUACUUUGACACUGACGGCGAGGGUCGUAUGAUCAUCGAAGACGAAGACCAACCAAUGGAUCCACGUCAAAAGAUGAGAGAACUCAAAAAGAAGAGAUCCAUGUCGGCACUUAUCGACGAGGUCUUUGAAGAGGGAGCCGAUGCCUAUGAAAAGAAGGCCGGUUACCGUGCCAUGAAACAAAAGUCGAUCAACAAGCGUGCCAACAAUGAAAAUGACGAUAGUGACGACUCUGGCAACGAAGAUCAAAUGGACGAAGACCUCAAGUCGGCCUUUACCAAGAGAACCUUUGCCACCAAGUUUACCACAAAGACGGGCAAGACCGCCAAGACUGCCAAGACCACCAAGACUUCACUCACAAACAUUACCAGAAUCACCAGUGCCACCGAUCGUUACAACAGAACUCGUGGUAUCAGUACCAACGUCAACUUUAACAAUCCACAACACUCUCAAAAGAAGGGUGAACAAAAGAAGGGCGCCAACGCCGUACAACCAUACGCCUACAUUCCUCUCGAUACCAAUACUCUAAAUAAGAGAACUAAACAUCUUUCUGCUUUCAAAACUGUCGUUAAUAAUAAUAAGAAAAGAAAGUCCUAA